AAAAGAAAAUACUUGUUUAGUGACAGAAAUAAAAUAAAAACACAAUGUCUGCAGCAAAAAGAGUGCAGCAAUGGGCAACCUUUGCUCGCACUUGGCACAUAUUUGACUGCAAAUGGCAAGAUCCUUAUGAAUCGGCUAAUAUAAUUAAGAAGUAUUUGAUGGGGUUACACAAACCUAUCUACCACCCUAUGAAUGAUUGCGGAGAUGUUGUGGUUUGUAUUAAUAGUCGAGAAAUUGCUUUAAAAGGGGAUGAGUGGCGCAAAAGAGCAUAUUUCCACCACACCGGAUACCCUGGUGGAGCUUCUUGGACAUUGGCUUGGGAAGUUCAUAAUAAAGACCCAACCAUGAUUAUCAAAAAAGCUGUAUAUAGAGCAAUGAAAGGCAAUCUCCAAAGGCGUCAUACCAUGGAGCGUCUCUUCAUAUACCCUGGCGAGGCUGUGCCUGAAGAUGUCUUGCAAAAUGUCACCAACCAGAUACGUCAGAACCGCCUUGUGCCAACCCGACUUGAUCAUAUUCCCGAAGAAGUUACUAAGUCUUACCCCAAAGUUAUGGAUUAUCCCCAAGAUUAUAUACUGAAAUAAAUAGUUUAUUGUGUUGUAUAAAUAUAUAAGAUAUAAGUAGAUAAGAUUAGAUUGAUAAUAAAUUAAAUGUGGAU